CAGAAUCCAUAAAAGUUGGAUCAGUUUCCCCUCCACCAUACCUUAAUAUUAUAUCACCCAAAAGAAAAAGGAAAAAAAAAUAAAAACUUUUAGUAGCAUUAGUUUUUCCAAUCUACCAAAGAAAUUUAUCAACAACUUUAAUUUCGUGCACUCCAACCAAUUUGUGUCAUCUACACUAUGAGUAUUUGUGUGCCCCUAGAAGUGCUACACUACAUAAAAUAAAUGCACCCUAUUUCUAAAUUUGCUCUGUUGUGAUUUCUCCUGGCUACUUCUAUUUCUAUACUAAUCGAAAAAAUAUUUCUUGUCUUUCUCUCCUAUAGUACUUGAUAUAUAUACAAUAAUGGAGUUAGCAAGUGUUCUCAAGUUUCUUGAGAAUAGAUCAAUUCUUGUUACUGGUGCUACUGGCUUUAUUGCAAAAAUUUUUGUGGAGAAGAUACUCAGAGUACAACCAAAUGUGAAGAAGCUAUAUUUGCUUUUAAGAGCUCAAGAUAACAAUGCAGCCUUGCAGCGUUUCAACACUGAGGCUGUGGAAAAGGACUUGUUCAAGAUUCUAAGGGAAAAACAUGGGGCAAAUCUGAAUACUUUUAUCGCACAAAGGACCACAAUUAUACGUGGUGAUAUCACAUUUGAGAACUUGGGGGUCAAAGACACUAAUUUGGUGGAAGAAAUGUGGAGGGAAGUAGAAGUUGUUGUUAACUUAGCUGCAACUACUAAUUUUGAUGAAAGAUAUGAUGUAUCCUUGGGGCUCAAUACAUUUGGAGCUAUAAACGUACUCAACUUUGCCAAAAAGUGUAGUAAAUUAAAGGUCCUUCUACACGUAUCGACUGCAUAUGUAUCAGGGGAAAAGACAGGGCUGAUAUUGGAAACACCCUAUAAGUUGGGUGAGACCUUGAAUGGUACAUCAGGACUAGAUAUUCAUACAGAGAAGAAAGUGAUUGAGGAAACAUUGAAGCAGCUCAAAUUUGAGGGUUCAUCUGAAGAAACUAUUACAUCAACCAUGAAGGAGCUUGGCCUUGCAAGAUCAAGAAAGUUUGGAUGGCCCAAUCCCUAUGUAUUCACGAAGGCAUUAGCAGAGAUGUUGUUGGGAGAGUUGAAAGAAGAUGUGCCUCUUGUCAUCUUUCGUCCUACCAUCGUUACUAGUACUUUCCAAGAACCCUUCCCUGGUUGGGUUGAAGGCAUAAGAACCGUUGAUAGUUUGGCAGUUGGAUACGGUAAAGGAAAAAUAACAUGUUUCGUCGGCAACCCUGAUUCCAUUAUUGACGUAAUUCCAGCAGAUAUGGUGGUGAAUGCGAUGAUAGUAACAAUGGUAGCUCAGGCAGGCCAAAGAGGGAGUCAAAUGAUAUACCAUGUUGGAACGUCAGUGUCACAUCCAAUAGAGUUUACAUGGCUUCAGGAGUAUGCAUUCCAUCACUUCAGCAAUCAUCCAUAUAUCGACAAGCAAGGGAAACCAGUCAUUGUUGGCAAAGUUAAUGUCCUGAGCAGCAUGGAUAGCUUUCGCAGAUACAUGGCUCUUCGUUACUUGCUUCCUUUAAAGGGAUUAGAAGUAGUUAACACACUACUCUGCCAAUUCUUUCAAGCCAAAUAUUUGGAGCUUGACCGGAAAAUCAAAUUUGUGAUGCGGUUGAUAGAUCUUUAUGCGCCCUAUUUAUUCUUCGAAGGAAUAUAUGAUGACAUGAACACAGAAAAGUUACGUAGGGCAGCGAAGGAGUCUGGUAUUGAAAUAGACAUGUUCAAUUUCAAUCCCAAGAGCAUCGACUGGGAAGACUAUUUUCUGAACAUUCACAUUCCUGCGAUAUCUAAAUAUGUAAUUAAGUGAAAAAAAAAAAAAAAACUGUAUUUCCUAUUAAAAUAAUUUAUAUUUCUACGUGGAUUGUUAUCCUUUGUUGCUUAUCAUUUUCAACUUAUCCAUUUUAAAUUGUUGUAUCCUCAGGGACACAUUAAAGAAUUGAUCAUCCUAUAGAAGACUAUGCAUUUCAAUUGAAAGCACAUCUAUUUAUACGAAA